CUUCACUCUGCUCCCGGGGAUUCGCCCUUCUCACCAGAGCACCACCAGUAAACCACUAUUUCACACCAAGAGACUGUGAGCGGCAGUUCUGGCUGAGUCCUGGGCUUCUCAUGAAUAUGAAGUAAAGGGCUCUGACUCAGAAAGUGGUUCUGAGCAGGGUAAAAUGGGGUCUCGGAAAUGUGGAGGCUGCCUAAGUGGUCUGCUGAUUCCGCUUGCACUUUGGAGUAUAAUUGUGAAUAUAUUACUGUAUUUCCCAAAUGGGCAAACUUCCUAUGCAUCCAGCAAUAAACUCACCAACUACGUGUGGUAUUUUGAAGGAAUCUGUUUCUCAGGUGUCAUGAUGCUUAUAGUAGCAGCAGUUCUUCUUGUACUGGAGAAUGAUAAUAACUGUAAAUGUUGCCAGAGUGAAAACUGCAGCAAAAAAUACAUGACACUGCUGUCAAUGAUUUUUUCUUCCCUUGGAAUUGCUUUCUCUGGAUACUGCCUGGUCAUAUCUGCUCUGGGCCUUGUUCAGGGUCCAUACUGCCGCACUCUCAAUGGCUGGGAGUACGCCUUUGAAGGCACUGCUGGACGUUUCCUUACAGAUUCCAGCAUCUGGAUUCAGUGCCUGGAACCUGCACAUGUAGUGGAGUGGAAUAUCAUUUUAUUUUCCAUUCUAAUAGCACUCAGUGGGCUUCAGGUGAUUGUUUGCCUCAUCAGAGUAGUCACUCAGUUAUCCAAGAUACUGUGUGGAAACUAUUCAGUCAUCAUCCAGGUAACAGAUCAUUAGUGGCGCCUGUACGUCUUCCAUUUUACCCCCACUGUCCAAGAUUCAGUGACUCUUGUUAAAUGGUUUUUAGACUCCCAUCAUUUUCUUUCCCUUCCUACUGCCCUCAUCUUUACUCAAACUUUAAUAUUUCAUUUUUUUUAUAUUCCAAUGUGUCUCUUGGCUUGCCUAUAUGAAAUGAAUCAAUGGAAUAGUUAUAAAAUCUGCACUCAGUGUUUAGUGGUGAAAACAGCAGAAAUGUUUUGCAUGAGCAACAUUUCAGUGUUCUGUGUAGAAAUAACCCAAAGCACAGAGAAGUCUUACUGUUUAUUGAGAAUUUCCCUGUUCAUAAGAUAACUGAAGGCUCAUAACAUUAUCCCAUUGAAAUAAUUUCUCUUCUGAAUGCUGCUACAUUAACCUAAUAACUAUUCUUUAUACUGAAUCAUUAGCAAUUGAUUUUAAAGGAGAGAAAUCUGUUUUUAUCCCUUCAAAACUGCUUCUGCUUCAUCUACUAAAAUAUUGAUGUUAAUUUAGUUUGGUUGAAACUGCUAAAACUACCCGGCAAGUCCCAAGUGAACAGAAAUCAUGAGUGAGUAAUCUUGCGUCUUAUUUAAAAAUAACGUACACCCUUCCUGGUAGUUUCAAAUAGAUAUUUUCCAAAUUCAUCAUGUUUUGAAUAUGAACUAUAACUUUAAGUUGCUACCUGGAUUAUGGAUCAUUAAUCAAGCCAAAUUUACUACUUUACUCACUUUAUUUUUCUUUUUUCAUAGCCUGGAAUUAUUUGAAUAAGGACAAGAAUGUUUUCCAUUAUCAAGAUAUGCCAUCUGUUUUUCUCAUAUCUACUGUAUAGACUUAAGGGCAAUAUUCCAGUGAUGAUGUUUUCUCCAUUUGGUGUUUGUUGUGCCUGCUUAUGAAAUUUACAUUCCUCACUGAAUGUGCCAACUAUGCUACCUUUCCAUUUAGAAUAUUUUUCUAAGCAAUAUGUGUCAGGAUCUUCAGAAAUGUUUAUACCCUUUGGUCAAACAAAUCCAUUUCCAAUAAUCCAUACUAUGGAAAUAAAUAAGAAUAGAAGAUAAAACUUUA